CGCGUUCACGUAGAGCUGGGCGGUCAUGUCGGGGACGCGCUCUAACCUUACGGCAAAGGUGUGAGCGCGCUUUUUAGUCUCGCGGAAAACCAAAAGCUGGAAAAAUGAAUGUCGGGCUUCUAUACUUCAUUAUCGGUGUUGUCACGGUGUUUUCAACAGCAAAGACCAUGUGCAGAGACUCUACCGAAUAUGAAAAGGACGGCCUCUGCUGUAGCAAAUGCAAGCCGGGGAGCCGAUUUGUAAAACACUGUACCAGCGAGAAAGAUACAGAGUGUGUGGAGUGUCCUGCUGGAAUGUACUCAGACAGCAUGAACUAUUAUCCAAAUUGCUUCUUUUGCAAGAAAUGCACAGAUGACAGCAUGCAAUACGCCAAGCAGUGCUCCAGCGAUAGUAACGCAGUGUGUGAGUGUAAACCUGGGUAUUUCUGCAAUGACCUUGAUGGGUCUGUUUGUAAUUUGUGUGAAAAGCAUCGCGUUUGUGGUCCUGGCAAAGGAGCUAAAUCACCAGCAACAAAUAUAAGCGAUGUCAAGUGUGCUCCGUGUCCUGAUGGAACAUUCUCUAAUGAAGUCAGUUCACAGCCAUGCCAAAAACACACUCGGUGUGAAUUGCAGGGCAGGAGUGUGGAGAAACCGGGCAAUGCCACAGCUGAUACAGUGUGUGGUCCAAUUGUGAUCACCAUCACGAGUCCGGACGAGACCAGGUCUUCAACUACAGAGCCCUCCACGAAGGCUUUAACCCUGACCCCUCAGAGCACGCCACCGAACACAACUGCUGUCUUUGUAACUUCCCGUCUUGACUACAACUUAUCUGUCCGGUUAUGGAUAGGUUUGGGUGUCACAGUAUUGCUGACGGUUUUGCUGAUAGCAGCAGCAGCUUUCUGUAUUCAUCACAGGAAAGCCCCAAUUAAACCUCCAGUCCACAAUGCUGUUGAAGCAGGACAGUGUCCUUCGGUAGCACCAGACUCCAGCCCAACAGAAAAGCAGGGACUGUUAUCGGAUAACAGCAGCACCGAUCCUUCAACUUCAUCAUCCUUUGACAGCCACAGCCAGGGCACAGGAGUGAGUCAGGACUGUCUCCAUAUCGAGCAGCCCUCGGUCUCCAGCCCCGUUCUUAACGUCAGCAUCACGGCCACGUUUAACUGCCAGGUAAACCCAGCCAUGGGCUCCUGCUCCAUUCCCAUCAGCCCCUGCGUGCUCCCUGCUGAACCCGAGCUCCCUCUUUCUCAAGAGGAAGAGCUGUGUGUGCCCUGUGAGCAAGAGGACAGCAAAGACGCCAUACAGUCAGUGCAAGAGAGUGGAAUGACUAAGUACUGAAGACAACGGGGAAAUCCGCUGGUUUGUCUUGCAUAUUAGCGGUGAACCUUUUAUCUCACCCUGAGUGUGAGUCUAUGUGUUAGUGUGUGUGUGUGUGUGUGUGUGGUGGGGUUUUAUGCUCUAGUGGAUCCAGCAUCACUGGUAGAUUUUAUUUUACACGCAAACCCAGUUUUAGAGUCCACUAGACAACAGAAAACACACCCACACAUACUUAUCAUCAAAACACGUAUUUGUGAAUAUGCAAAUGAAAACCCUACACACAACUACCAACACACUUCCACCCUCACACACUCGCACUGAAUGCAAGCACGUAAGCACAUAAGCACGAGGGGGGGGGGGGGUAAGGGGAAGCCCCCCUGGAGUGAAAUUUGUCCGAAGGCAGUGCGAAGGAAGAAGGUCAUGCAUUAGCCUGCUGCCGUUCAGAUGCACCGUGUGUUAUUGUGAUGGAGCUCGAACACAAAGGACAUGAGUUGUUCGAUUUCUCGGUGCUUGCGUGGGUUUCCUACAGGUUCUCAGGUUUCCUCCCACCUCCCAGAAACAUACGGGUAGCAACUCAGCUGGUUCUGCUGAAUUCUCCUCCUAACGUAGGCUCCUCGAUCUGUGAGCUUAUACAAGACGGACGCUUGUUUUUUUGUCUAUUCACAGAGAAAACGGCCAAUAAACUGGACACGUGGCGAAAAAAACUGUUUUCUGUACCAUCGUGAGAACAAUCACGCCAUUCACUAGCUCAGCUAAGGAAUGCUCAGGUGUUCCAGCUUCCACUUCCGGACUUUUUGUGUGUAUGUGAAAGUUAAUGCUUUAAAGUAACAGUGUUCUUUCGAAUGUAUGGCCUUGAUACAAUUAACAAGGAAACUCAGUGUCCUUAUUUGAAUGUCGAAUGUAAAAUAACAAGUAGGCAGGUUGCACUUUACCCACACAUUUGCUCUGAGGAAAUAUUGUGGUCUAACACUGUAUAUACAUAAGAAAUAGAAAGAAGAAAAAAAAACAA